GCGUCAUAUAAGGAACCACUCAAUCAGUAUGAUUGCUGGAAACUCUUUUAUCAGCUCUGAAAUUAUACUAACAAAAAAUAUUAUGACGUGGAAGAAAGCAGCCUCACAAUAUUAUUCGCCUAGUUAUGUUUAAAAGGAGCAAUUCUCCGCACUUUUUAUUAGUCGCAACAAGCUAUCAAGAAUGAAGGCAAUUCUCUUAUUAGUUGUAGUUGGCUUCGUCCUAGCUGUGGGUUUUGCAGUUCCUUUCGGCGAUGAUGAUUUGGGGUCAAAAAACAGCGAGCUGAAGGAAAUUGCAGAUGAGUUAGCGGAUGACUUUGAACGAGAGGAUCUGAAAAGUGACUAUGGGAUGGACACGGAAGAUGCAGAGAAUGAUGAAGAUGUCUUUGGUGAUGAAGAUGAUAACAACAGAGACGAAGACCAAGUAGAAGACGAAGAAGGCAAUACUGCCAUUGAAAGGUCUUCCGACCCUUUUAUAGGCGUUGGUCGUAUUGGUCGUACAGCACGACGCAUAAUUCGACAUGUUCCACGUACAGUUCGACGUAUAGGACGCACAGUUCGACGUAUCGGACGCAAAAUUGGUCGUGUAUUCCGUGGUUAACCUGGGUAUAAUUCAGGCCUGGUCAGGGGAAGAGAUUUGAAAUAACACUAUCCUGGUAAACAUAAUAGUAAUUCAUAAAUAAAAGUUUGUGAGCUGUCGGGCAGUUGUUAAAUAGAAAUAAAUGCUAAUGUUAAUCAACGUUUCAAUGGAUUAUAUUUCUUGAAGUACUUUUGCUGUUAUAGCUAAUAUCUUGGGCGAUGCUGGAAACAAAACAUGGAUUUUCACUUUUUGCAAAGAUUUAGUCACACCCUUCCUCAUAAUUAUCACUUCUCCUGCUUCUUUAGUGUUUUUGUUUUUGUUUAUUGUUUUCGUUAUAUAUUUUUUCCCCUUAUCACCUCAGUGCUAUUUAUGCCACAGAAAACGAUCAAAUCGCCUUUUAAGAUUGCAUAU